UGUAUUUAUUAGUAGUAAAAUAAUUAAAAAGAUACAUUUUGAGUAAGUAAUAAUAUUGAGUUUAGAAUACGCUAAUGGUAUUCCAAACUCAAUGGUUAUACUGUAAUUUUCCAAGCAUUCUAUAACUUACAAUUUACAUUUACCUGAAACAUGCAGCAGUUAAACCAACACAUCGUAAUCCAAGUUCUAUCUAUGUUUUAGAUUUGAAUGUCUCUUUUUUUUUUAUACGAACAAAUUUUCUAAAAACUUAGCCAGUACUUUUGCUACAUACUGACAUAAUUUUCAAAGUAACGUAAAUCGAUUCUAUAUCAAAAUAUCUAAAAUAUGCGUUUGUAUCCAUAGUUUGAAAUCUACGUGAUUUUAACGUGUAGAUUAAGUUUCAAAGAAUCAAAAGUUAAUUACAGUAAAAUAUUCGCUUGCAUUUAAUACAAUUAAUAUACAAAUUCACUUUGUUUAAUAUUUAUAAUAUACGAUUUAUUAAUUAUAUAUUAUAUUCUAAGUUAAAACAAAUAAAAAUAAACAAUCUAUUUCUUAUUUCUGUUCGUUUUUAAAAUAGUUGAUCGACAUCACAGGCCACACUAGUACAGUACUCGUGAUAGAUAUUAAUGUCUAUGGAAAAUUUAGGAUUUUAAGCCCCCGUGAUCGAGAAACUUCGUUUCGUGGUUGGUAUUCUUUACAGUACGAUAAUGUAACCAUAUACCAUUAUUGUUGUUAUCGGCUAAUAUUUUGAUGUAGACUGCUGAACUUACAACUGAUGUUGAUGUAGUCUAGUGUUUGCAGGUCGACUGUCGAGGAAUUCAAUAACUAGUCUCUAAGAGUUCGCAGAAAAAUGACAUCCAAUUAGGUAAAAAUUAGUCGUGUUGUACAUCACAUUUCCCCAUCCUACAAACAUGCACCACAAAAUACAGCCUAGACAUGAUUCACGACGAUGUCAAAAUGUUGGUGCAAUUAACAAUCAUUUUUAAACUGUGAGUGUGCUACUAAUGUUUAAAUAAUAUCUACUUCUUUUGUUUUAUAAGUUUGCUGGUAGAUUUCUGUUUUGUGUUGCAUAUUAAAAUAGGUGUAAAUGGUUUAAUUGGAUUCUUGUAUUAUGGCAUAACCAUUUGAUGUAAUUGUUUAUAAGAAACAAUAGUUAUAAAAACAAAACAUUGUAUAUAAAAUGUAAACAUUUGUUUAAUUGACAUGUUCAUAUAUAUAUAUAUAUAUAUAUAUAUAUAUAUAUAUAUUAUAUAUUAUAUUGUGUGAUAACAUAUUUUAGAUGUCGACUGUAACCGAAGAAAAAAAAUCGAUCAGAAUGGUCGGUCCUAAAGUAUCUCAGAUUGCCAAUAUAUUUCAACGCCCCACAGUAACUAAAGUUAAUAAAGAUCCAGAUUUAAUAGUAGUUAAGCAAACUAGUUCACCUACAUUGGAUAGAAAACUUCCUGCCAAAGUUGAAUCACCUAAUCAAGUGACCGUUGUAAGGACUGAAAGUCAUUUGGCAAGAUUUAACAAUGCUAGAGCUCUUUUUGAAAAACUGGGUACUGGUAUGUUUAAUUUUUGAAGAAAUUACUUUUAUUUAUGUUAUUCAUAUAUACUUGACAAUGUUUUUUUUUAUAGCUAAUAGUUUGUAAAGUUUUAAAUAAAUUAUUUUUGUUUGUUUGAUUUAUUAAUGCCAUAAAUCUUAUUUUAUUUAAUCUAAACAAAUAAUAUUCUUUAUAGUUAAAAAAUCAUUAAUUUAGAUUUGUAUUAAUACAUGUUGUAGGAGAAUCUAAACCUACUUUAUUAGAAAAAAUAAAACAAAGUAAUUCUCAAGAUAGCAUCUGUGCAAAAUCUAGAUCUCCAAGUCCACCAGCAAAUAAUCAAAAAUCCAAUGGUGUAAUAGGAAGUGCACAAAGCUAUUCACAAUUACAUAACAGUAAAGUAAUUGAAAAACCUAUUAAACCUGAAAAGCCAGAAAAAAAAUUCAAUAGUCGUGAACUAAUAGAAAAACAGAAAAAUUGGACUUCUCAUUUUUCUAAAUCUAUACGUUCUUCUAAUUCAAGGUAAUAAUAUUGAAAAACUUUUUAAUAUUAAAUAUAGCAUACAUUAUUAUUAAAUAUACGUAUAUCAUGUACCUUUAUUUUAAGUAUGUAAACUAAUUCUUUUAAUGUGAUAAGAUAAUUAAAUAAUUUUAAGUAUACAGAGUGAUUCAAAAACUACCAAAAAAAAAAUGUAUAGAUUCAAAAUAUAAAUCAUUUUAAACUGUAUUAAUGUUAAAAUGUAUUAAAUAGUGCUAAAUUUUCUUUAUUUAAUGGUUUAAUUUCUAUUAUUUAGGUACAAUAGUGACCCUUGUCCUAAUGAAGUCAAAGGAUGGAUACCAGAUGUGAAAUCGGAUGGUAUUUCUAGGACGGCAUCAACAUCUUCAUUAUACAAAAAUGUUUCUCAUCCUAAAAGUCCACCACCGCCACCCCCAAAAGUUAAUGAACUUUUCAAUCAGAACAAUGAAAACAUUAAUAUGUAAAUAUUAUUAUUUAUUAUUAUUCUUAAUAAUUAAUAUUUAUUCAAUUACUUUAGACAAAAAUCUGUGACAUCAACUAAUGAAAUACCCGAAGAAAUAUUAACUAAGGAUAUAAUAUCAAAAUCACAUUUGGUUAUUGGUAAUGAUACUGAUGAAGAGAUGAAAUACAUUAAAACAGAUGUUGAUAAUUCGAUAAAUGUGACUGAAGAAAUAAAUUUGAAUGCUGUUAGUUAAUGUUUAUACAAUCUUUAUUUUAUAAAUUUAAAAUUAAUUUAAAUUUUGUAGGUAUCUAUUAUACCAUCUGGUAUUAGUGAAUCUGGUAUUAGUUAUAUGCCAAUUUCAUUAGAUUUGUCAAAUUCUUGUAUAAAACAAGAAAAAUCAGUAUGCCUUAGUACCACAUUUAAUGCAUUUGAUGAUCAAGAUAUUAACACAAAUAUUAGUGAUAUAAGUAUGAAUCUAACUGAAGCAAAUUCGUCAACUCCAAAAGUUCAAUUCAAUAUUGGAGAUUCGGCCAAUCAUCCAGUAGCUUCAGUUACUCCAUUAGAAAGUGAAGUUGAUUCUGGAUUUAUUUCUUCUGAAGCUGUUAUUGUUCCAGAAUUAAGUAAAGGACUGAUUGAUGUGCCUAACAAUGUCAAAUUUGCUGACGAAGAUGAGAUGGACGAAGUAAGUGAAUAGUAAUAAUUGUGUUUUAUUUUGUAUCUUAUAUAAUUUAUUCAUAUAGGUUAAAUGUAUAAAAAAAAAAAUUAAUUAUAAUCCUAAUAUUUAUGAAUUUACUUACAAAUUAUAUUCUAUUUUUACUUUAUUAUUUAAAAAAAAAAAAAAAAUUUACUUUCCAAAAUAAUUGGAGGAAUAUUUUUGGUAACUAAGUUGCCCUUUAAAUUUUAUUAAAAUAAAUUAUGAAUGUUAUUUGAAAGAAAAAUCGUAUUUUUAUAUUAUUAUGAUAUACACUUUUAAUUGUAAUAUUUAAAAAAAAAAAUAACAAUAAUAAUUUAUUUUAAGAAUAAAUUAAUUCCAUUAUCAUUGGAUCUGGGAGAUAUAAGUAUAAAUAGAAGCUCAGAAGGUAUUAUCGAUCUAGAAUCUUCAGGACAACCAGAUAUGAUGACACCUGAUGAAGCUGAACAAUUACUUAGCACAAAGUAAGUUUUUCAACUUAAUAUUUGCAUGAAUCAAUUAUAGUUUAGCCAUUGCAAUGCUUUAUUAUAUUUUACUAAUUAAUACAUUUUUGUUGCAUUAUUUUUUAUUUUUUUUUUAUGUAUUAUUAUUUGGCUGCAUGGUAAUAAUUUGUAUUUUUGAAGAAUUUUGGAAAAAAAGAGUAUGUAAGUAGAAUUAACAAUUUUAUUUUCUUAACUGUUGCUUUUAUUUAAAUUUAAAUCAUUUUUAUAGUAGUCAAGACAAUCUUUUAUCUGAUGAAGAAGCUAAGGAGAUCAAAAAAUUGUUAUCACCCUCUGACAAUGAUCAAUUAAAUACAUCAGACUGGUUGAGUGAAGUUCUUUCUAUUGAAUCUAAUGAUAAUAUCACUAAUCAAAGGUAUUUAAGUCUUAUUUAUGAACUUAAUCUAAGAAUUGAUUUUGUAAUUUUUAAAUCUUAAACAAAUUGUACAUCUACAUAAUGUUAAAAACAUAUAAUGGCUAACACAAAAUACAUAUAUUUUAUUUACAAGCAUUGUUAAAAACUAAAGUAAAUAUUAGUUUUAGUUAUCAUUUUUAUUACCUAGGGGAAUAUUUUUUUUUCAAUGUUGAUGAGAAUACAUAUAAUAUAAUAAUGAACAAAGUUAGAAUUUAAGUAAAGCUUGUUGACAUUUAAAAUUAUAAUCCAUCUUUUUAAUUAUUCAAACCACCUUAGUUCAUUUAAAAAGGUUUGAAAAGCAAUGUAAAAAAGGAUAUGCUUGGUCAUGUUUUAUAAGAUAUAUUACAAUUUAAAACCAUAUUAUUUUUUAUCUUGUACAUAAAAAUAGAAAAGGUAUUAUUUUGAGAGGAUUUUUUUUUUAUCUACUGCAAAUACUUAAUGGUAUUAAGAAAAUAAAAAACACAUUCAUUUUAACAUAAUAUGUUAUAUGUUAAUUUUAGUCAAGAAAUAAAUGAAGCUAAUGAUAACAUGGAAGAUUUUCGAGUGGAUGAUUCAUGGGAACAAAGUUAUGAGACGAAAACUGACACUUUAUCUGCUAAUAAUGAGAGUGCUGAAUUUGAUGAAUAUGAAGUAGAUGGUGAUUUAUAUAAAAUUAAAGAGUUUAUUCCUGAACCCACUAGAGAAGUAAGUUGAUGUGAAGUUUUAUACAGAAUGGUUUUAAUUUGGAAAUAUUUAAUAUUUUGAUAAUAUACAUUUUUAAUUUUUGGAUCUUAAAAUACUUUAUUUGUUUGCAUUAAAAAUGUAUCAUUAUAUUUAUAUACAGGGUGUCCCACAAAAAUAUAUCCCUGGAGAUAAUAGGGAUAAUCAAUUUUUUUUUUUAUAUAUUCACUGGGAUAAGGACUACAAAAAUUUAAAUUGCAAUUCAAUUUUUAUGUUUUGGUAAAAACUUUAAAAAAAUAACUCUUUUUUUUUUUAAAAAAAAUUUAAGAUGGCUAUUUUUUUUAGAGUUUAUUCUUCUGAAAAUUUUAAUGCAUCAGCUUUUUAUUUUCAUUUAAUUCAUAAUUUUUAAUAAUUUUUUAAAGUUCACAGAAACAUGGAGAUGUUUAUUAAUUGUAAUAAUAAUAAUCAAUUAGAGAUUACGAUUACAAUCUGCUGCUUAACUAUAGGUACUUUUCUCUGAACUUUAAAAAAUGUUUUAAAUUACGAAUUAAAUGAAAAUAAAAAAUGAAUACAUCAAAGUAUUCAGAAAAACAAACUUUUUAAAAUGGUUAUCUUCAAAUUUUUCAAAAAUAAAAAAACAAACAGUUAUUUUUCAUCCUAAUCGUUAUUCCUGUGAGUAAUAUAAAAACCAGAGUUUGAUUAUCUUUAUUAUCUCUGGAGUGUAGGUACAAUAAAUAUAUCUUCAUGGAACACCCCCUGUAUAUGCAUAUAUUAAUUAAGUAUAAAUUAUAAAAUUUAAAGUGUCGCCCAUUUCCAAUGUAUAACUAUUAUUUAUAUUUUUGUAUGUACCUACAAUUUUUGGAAAUUUUGGUCUACUUAACACUUUUGUGUGAUCCAUGAUCUUACACUUAACCUUCAAAUUUCCCUUAAACCUAUUAUAUACUUCUUUAUGUAUUAGCCAGUAUCAUUUAACAACACAAAAAACGGGUAGAUAGCUUUAAUUUUUUUUUCUUUUAAUUGCAGUUGUUGUUUAUGUAUUACUAAUAAUUUAAACUUAAUAUAAAUACUUAAUAAAUAACUAGUCUAUUGUAAUGUGGAUUUUCCCUUUCUGGUCUAUCUAAUUUUGUUGAAGAAUACAACUUUUGGUACUUUUUUACUAUAUGAAUUUAUUUUAAAAAUAAUUAAUCAUACAAAAAAACUACUUUGCUUUUGAUUAUCAUUAUAAGUGAAAUUUACAAAUUGUGUAUUGUUUAAUUUAUAUAUGAAUUAAUAUAUUUAUUUAUAUAUUAUAUAUAGUUCUAUAUAAUAUGUCAGUUAAAAUAUUAUGUUCUAUGCAUAUUAAUGAUGGGGAUACCAAAAUUUUUUCAAACUAUUUGAUGGAUUUUAAAUACUAUUUUAUCAUAAGGAAAAAACCAUUUGGAUAAUUUAAAUUCAAUAUUUGAUGGUUCAUUCUAACUAUCAAUAGUAUGAACAAUUCGCAUGUGCCAAUAACAUGUAUAUAAAUCUAUAUUUAGUUGCUAAAUAUUUAUUAAAAUAUAUAUAUUUUGGUACUAAAUAUUAUUUAGUAAAUAAACAUUAUAAACUUAAAGUGCAUGAUUUUUUAUGUUGAUAAUAUUAUACUUCAUUAGAUUUAUGAAGAAGGUGGUGUGCAUUAUUAUGAAGAUGGUCAUUUUUGGAUGGAAGUUCCUGGAUUACCAGAACGUGAUUCAGAUGAAGAAUCUCAUAUUUUGGUCAAACAAAACAUGAAAGUGAAAUUUAGUGCUGAUCCAAUUAAAGUAUUAUUUUUUAUGGUUACCCUGUAUUGUUAAAUAUUUUAUUAUAUAAAUAUAUUUUUAUUUAGGUUUAUAGUACCUUUUCAAUGGGUGAAUAUGAUAGACGUAAUGAAGAUGUGGAUCCAGUUGCCGCAUCUGCUGAAUAUGAAUUAGAAAAACGUGUGGAACGUUUAGACUUGAUGAAAGUGACUUUACUAAAAGGUCCAGAAGGACUUGGAUUGUCAAUUAUUGGAAUGGGAGUUGGUGCAGAUACAGGUCUUGAAAAACUUGGUAUUUUUGUAAAAACUAUCACUCCUAAUGGAGCUGCUGCUAAAGAUGGCCGUAUCCAGGUAAAAUAAAUAAGAAUUGUUUGCAGUUUAAAUAUAAUAUACUUAAUUUAAAUUAAAUAACAACAUUGUAAUUCUAUGUAUUUGAUAGUAUUAAUAGUAUAGCUUAAUGUUUUAUCUUUUAUUUUUUGUUAAUAAAAGAUAAUAAAUCUUCCAUUUUUUUUUUAAAUUUAAUUUAGGUUAAUGAUCAAAUAAUUGAAGUGGAUAAUAAAUCUCUAGUUGGUGUAACACAAGCAUAUGCAGCUUCAGUUUUAAGAAAUACGUAUGGUCAAGUGAACUUUGUAAUUGGGAGAGAAACUGAUCCUGAAAAUAGUGAGGUUGCUCAUCUUAUCCGCCAGUCAUUAGAAGUAAAGUGACUUAUUUUAUUAAUUAUUAGCUAUUAUUAUAAAUUAAUAUAAUAAUCGUCUUUGAUUGUCAAUUGGGAAGGCUGAUCGAGAAAGAGAUACACAACGGCGUCAGUUAGAACAUUCACUAAACCAAAAAUUCUUUAGCAGUGAUCGAACAGAAUCUUCCAAUGAAGAUUUAAGUAAAACUGAUGAAGCAGACACUGUCCAGUCUUUACGUGAAUUGUUACAAGAAGUAUGUUAAUAAAAUAAACAAUUUGUUUUUGUUAAAACUUUAAAGUAGAAAUACAUAAUUAAAUUUUACAGAGUCGGUUAAAUGUAGCUAAGGCUGAAGACGAAGUUAGCAAACUGAAAACCAGGGUGAGAGUUUAAUAUAUGCUCUCUGGUUUCAUCUUGUUUACUAACCAGUUGCUAACAUUAUAUAUACUAAUAAUGCACGCACUUUAACAUAAUUUGAAGCAUUUUAUUUGAUGUUUAAAACUAAAUAUAAUAUGUUUGUAUUAAUUGUUAAAAUAUUUUAGGUUGAAGAAUUAGAAUGGAAUGGUGCCAAUAAUAAAAAAGAAAUUGCUGAUAAGCUCAUACAGUCUGGAUUACAUUUAAAUGAAUUGGAUAAAUGUUUAUAUGUUGCAAGAAGAGAUAAAGAGAAUUAUCAAGGAAUGUUACAUACAUCAGAAGUAAUAUUUUAAAUAAUACAUUUAAUUUAUGCAUUUUAAAUCUAUUUAAAAUUGAAAACUCAUAUUUUAGAAGUAUUUUUUUUUUAAGCUAAAUUAGGUUUUUCCUAAUUUACAAUGUAAAAAUUUAUUUCAUAAAUAGAUGAAGUAUUAGUUUAAAUAAAUUAAGGUAUUGAAAUGUUUGAUUUUCAUCAAUCCAUUUAUGAGACAUUCUAUUUUUAAAUUUAGGUAAGGAAAGAUAAUAGAACAUAAUUUGUGUAGCGAAAGAGUGAGCAAUGUUUUAAUAAUACUCCACUACUCACCUAACCAUUUGCUUUAAAAUUAAAUUAUUUUUUUCAAGACUUAUGAUCUUUAACAUAAAAAUAUUAAAAAACCAAAGCUCAAAGUGGUUUGUAGAAAGUCCGUCUUUUUCCAAUAAAUAGUCAUCAAAAUCAGACUACAGAAGGCAUAGAAGUUAUUUUAAUGAACUUCAAAUUUUGUGCAAGAAAAAUUAGUUUGAUCUUAUAUCUAUAUUUAUCUACUUUCAUAUCAGCUAUUGUUCUUUACAUUAUCAAAUUAAUUUAAUAAUUUCAUUAAGUAAAAUUGAAAAAACAUUGCAAAGCAUUAAUGUAAUAAUUGAAUGUAAUUUACUAAGAUAACAGAUUAAUUGAAAAUAAAUAUAUAAAAAAUAUAAAUAGUUAAUAUUUUUAUUUAGGAACGUUAUAUGAGUUUGGAAAAAAAAUACACAAAGUUAAAAAAAAUUCUUAAAGAGUUUCAACAACGUGAAGCUGAUCUUCUACACAGAGAAGAAUAUUAUUUACAAGUGUUACAAGAAAAAGAUACAGAAUAUAAUGCUUUGGUUAAAGCUCUUAAAGAUCGGGUAAGCUAAGUACUUAAAAAAAUAAUCAUUUAAAGUUUAAUAAUUCAUAUGAAAGUGCUCAAUGUGGAUAUACAUAUUAUUUUGACUAAAUGUAAAUUGUCUGAGUACACUUAAAACUUCAAGGCUUGGAACAAAAUUAAAUUGUCUGAAAAGUGAAAAACAAGUUCUAUAAUCUAUAAACAUUUGCAUGGGCUUUAUAUAAUUCACCAUAUAUUGUUUCUUUGUUUAAUAUCUUUAAAACAAUAUAAAUAUAAUUUUAAUGCUUGUAAAGGUAUUGCAGGUAGACAACCAAAAAAUGAUUACAAAACAAACAUUUAAAUAUUUUCUCCUAAAGAUAACCACUUGGACUAUUAGCUUUUUCUAAAGCAUGAAGCUCUAGAUGUCUCAUAUUUUUAUUCUCCUGUAGUUCAAAAUUAAUUUUAAAUAAAUAAUAUUAAUAAUAUGAAUGUAACAUAUUGUUGAAAAUAUGACAUAUUGCUUAUAGCAUUGGUUCUUAAACUAUUUUACCGCAUUAGUAUUUUACUGUUUUAUACACGUAUAUUAUUUUAAAUAAAUGUAUACAUAUUUUGAAUAGUUCAAUUCUUAAUUACAAAUGAUGUGCGACAUCCAUUAUAGACAAAAAAAAAAAACUUCUGGUUUACAUUUAGAGUCAACUAUGACAAUGUAAUACUAUAAUACUAAACAAAUUCAUACUUUACUAUCUUAAUAUAUUGUUUAUUUUUUGAUAGGUAAUACAAGUUGAACAUGAACUUUUAGAUACUCAACGGCGUGCUGGUUUUCCAGUUCAACUUCCUCAAAAUACUACUAGUACUAGUCAUUAUUUAACUACUUUGACACCUCUUAUCAAAAAAACAAAAGUUUGUAGAUUUUAUAAUUAUUAACUUAUAUAAUAUGUAUACAUAUUAUUUAAUUUGAAUAAUAUAUUAUUUUAGGUCACUCCUGUCUUUCCUUUACUUCAACAACUUGAAACAGAAUUAUCUGAAACAGAAGACUGUUUUGAAGAUGAAAAAGUUGCUACUGUUGAACGCAAAUUACCUGUUAAAGAAGAAUUAGAUCGUGCGGUUCCUCCACAUGAACUUUUAGAUGUUUCUUUAUCAAAAAGUAAAGCUGAAUUAGCAGCAAGAGGCCUGGUUACACGACAAUUACCAACUAAUGUUCUCCGUAAAUCCUUAUCCAAUAGCAGCUUAGUUAGUUUUAUAUAAAUUGUUUUAUUGACAUUUUUAAUGUGUAUCAUUUUAGUUUGUGAGCUGCUUUUUAUUUAAGUGAAUAUUUUAUUUUAGGAUAACAACAUUGAAGAAUCGAAUUGUACUGAGGACUCACCAAUUAUUGAAUCAACUAUUGAAUUGAAUGAUGUAUUAAAUGUUGAAUCAAUUAUUCAUGAACAAAAACAGAUGCCACAGUAUGCAUCUGUCCAAAAACCACUACAUAUUCAACAGCCUAAUCAAUUGUUAGCACGUAUUCAACAAUCAACUCAUUGUCGUAAUUGUAAGUGUUCACAAAAUAUUUUAACCAUUUUACUUUUAAAAGUUAAUAAAAAUAUUGUGUACGUACUAAGUAAAUGGACCUCCUCCAUCAUUAGCUGAGCAGCUUAAGAUUGUACUUGCUGAGCGUGAAUCACGUUUAUCAGAGUCAAAUAGCUUGUAUUCGUCUGAUCAUAAUAGUUCUACAAGUUCAUUUGCUGAAGAAAUUAGAGAAGCUAGCUUAAAUUGUGAGUGUCUAAAUUAAAAUGUAAAAAGCAUAACUUAAUAAAAUUUGCUUGUGUUUAGUAAAAAAAUCCAAUGCUCAAUGGCAACAUACUACUCAAUUACCUCAAAGUUCCCCAUCAUCUGUUUCAUCAUCCGAAAGUGUAUCUCCUGGUCAUUAUGCUUCUGAUUUAAAUAAUUCUAAAGCUAUUGGGUCAACGGGUAAGAUUGAAUGAAUAUAGAGUAUAAAAACAUUAUAUAUGAAAACAAAUAUUUUCAGAUUCAAUUGACGUAUGGACUCCUCCUCAAUCAUCUGAUAGUUCUAUUACUGAAAGAAAAAAUUCUCAUGUUUGGCAUAAUGCUCCUGUGCAUGAAUGGUCUAAAGAACAAGUAAAUAUGAAUUUGUAUUAAUUAAUUAUAGUUUAAAUCAAGUAUAAACUAAACAUUUUGUCCACACUGAUUUUUCAAUAAAUUUACUUUAAAUUAACAAUAUAAAUAUAUCCCUCUCCACAAAAAAAAAAACUUAAUUUGUUUAUAAAUAUAAUGAACAAUAAAUCAAUAAAUCAAGAAUCAAAUUUAAAAAAAAAAACAAUAUAAUUGUUUAGAUUUCAAGUGUGCAUCUAUAUAAAAACUCAACAUUUAGAUUUGUCUUAUGUCAUAUAUUAAUAAAGAAUUGAUUGCAAAAAACCUUAAAAGCUGUGCGGAAUGUAUUGGUUUUACUAUAAUGUAUCUUCUAAUACAAGUUAUCUAUUCCAAGCUACUCACAUCCUAAAUGUCCACUUGACCCAAUCCCCCUCAUCGUCUUUGUAUACACCCACUAUCCUCAUAUUCUCAAUCACAUCCAACCACCUCAUUUCCUGGUCAUCCUCUCUUUUCUCUUACAUCUAUUUUCAUUGCAAUUCUAACUGUUCCUAAUUCUGUCAAGCUUAACUUUUUUAGGUUUUCACAAAGAAUGGAAGAGAUGUGUUGUUCUGUGAGAGCAAUAAAAAAAACAGUAGGUCCGAAUAGUGUUGCCCCCAGCUUGGUGGCGAUUGCAAAGAAAAAAAAAGUUCAGAUAAUGUACCAGUAAAAGUAUGGAAAUGUUUGGGGAGCUAAACAUAAGCUAAUUAAAUGAUUUUUUUCAAUGAAGUGUAAGUAAAAGGAAAAUGCAAGAUGAGUGGAGGAAGAAUUUUGUAAUAACUAUUUUAUGACAAAGUUAAGAAAUACCAAGUUCGUGUUGUACAUCUGUUUUAUGUUUUGUCUUCAAAAGACUUAUGAGAUUCUAUGUAUUUUAAAAAUUACAAGGGAAUCUCACCAUUAAAUUAUUUGUAUAAGAUACCAGCCCUUUGCCUAACUCCCCUAACAUUUCCCAUGUUCCACUGAUUCUCUACUUUCGGGAUAUGUUAGUUUAUUAUUUUAUAUUGCUCUCACAGCCAACACACCUCCACUAUUUCUGGAAACCUGGAAAAGUUAGGAAAAUCGAGAAUAUUCCACCAUAAUCCUAGAAAUUUGUAAUUUUAUAACGGGUUUAGGUUUUUUUUCUAUUGUUCUUUAACAAAAGAUGAUAUAUUAAAAUAUUACAAUUUUCAAAAAAUGAUCUGUAUUUGAAUUUAAAAUAAAUAUGAUUUAAUAUAUAUUUGUAACUUAAACACAUAAAUUUUAUUAAUCUGCAUUUGUAUAGACAUGAUUCUAUAAUUCUAGGUAUGUCAAUGGCUAUUAGCUUUAGGUUUAGAUCAAUAUAUUUCAAAAUUUAUGGAGCAUCAAGUAUCUGGUGUUGGUCUUUUAAAUUUUGAUACCAAAGAUUUUAAAAAUUUUGGGAUCAUUGGAGAUGAUAAAAAUCGUCUUAAACGUAAACUCAAAGAUCUUAAAACCCAGGCAGACAAGGAAAAACGACACACAGAAAAAGAGCGUAAAGAAAAAGAACGACUACAGAGAAAAGCUGAAAAAUUAGCAGAAAAAGCUAGUAAACGUAAAUAAAUUUACCUUGAAGUAUUUUUUCUUUGACUUCUAGUCUUUAGUGUAAGUGUUAAGUUUUUUCUAAGGAAAAAAAAAUCAUGUUUAUUGGAUAGAACAUUUUAUACAUUAAUAUACAGAAAUAAUUACUAAUACUAACAAUUUUACCCUCCUAGAACUCUUAAGACCACUUUGUAUUCCUGAUACAUCAGUAGUAUUCUUAACGAUUUGUCAUGAGUAGAAUCAAAUAUAUUGCUCAUUAUAUUUAAGUACUUAAUUUAUUAGCAGUAUUAGAAUCAUGUAUACUAUUUAUUUAUUUUGUAUUAAUUAAAUAAAAAUAUUUAACAAUAUUAUUGUCUUUUAACAAUUAAUCAUUGUUUUAUUAUUUCUUUCGUGAUAUUAUGAUUGAAUAAAUUGUCUAAGUUAUUAUUUUACUUAAAAAUAUCUAUAACUUUAUGUUAGUCAACCUAAUACUUUUCGAAUAACUGUUAGUGAUUAAACAAAUUAAUUUUGAGUUAAAAUUAUUUCUCUUAUUAGAAAUCCUGCUUUUCUAGUCUGUAUCUACUUAAUUAUGUUAGAGAAAUUCUUUUCAUGAGUUUUAUUCAAAAAUUGUUGUUUUUUCUUUUUCUUUUCUUUUUUUUUUUAUCUAGUUGUACACAUUUUAGAAUAAUAAUAUUAUGCAUUAUGAUUAAUAUUUUAUUAACUAUUUGUGCAGUAAUAUUAUCUUCAAUUCUAUUAUUUUAAUUAUUGUUUUAUUUGUAUUUAUAAAUUAAUCAAAUAUACAUUAUUAUAUUGAGUUAUACUAAUAUAAAUUUAAGAACAUGUUCAUUUCAAAAUAUUGUAAUUUUUUACAUUCCUAAAAUUUGAAAAAAAACAAUUAUCUAAAACCUAAAGUUUUUAAAACAUAUUAUUUUUAGUAAUGGAAAACUAAAUAGCAUUCAAUAAACACUUAUGUAAUAGGUAAUUUUUAAAUGUAAUGAAUAUGUAAAUGUUUAAUAAACUGAUUUUUAAAUCAUUUUAAGAACAUUAUAUGUAUAAUUAUUAUUUAUUAAUAUCAUAACAUUAAUGAUUAAUUUAAUUUGUUGUACUUUAGACAUACUUUUUUUAUAUAACUUUUUUUUUUAAUUUUGUAUUUUAACAUUUGUCGUAGAUUAAAUUGUAAGACCAGUGUAUCGUACAUAUUCAGUCAUUGGUAUAUAUAUCUUUAAGCAUGUUUAAAUAAAAAAAAAAACUAUGGUG